UUCUUUUGUUCAUGUGAUUGUAUUAUUUAUGAUACGUUGUGUACUGCUACAGAGACUACUGCUGCACUGGCUGUAUUCACCUACAUUUGUUGGUGUGUAUGAGAUAAGAGGUUUAGGUCAUCUGCAAAGUCCAAAUCGUUUAGUUACAUCGAAAUUGUCCAUUGUAUUCCGUGUUCACCCUAAGAUAUAGUGGUCUUCAUAAUCUAGUCAACCACCAGAAGAAAGAUAAACGACGAGAGUAAGCAGCCUUGUCUGACACCGGUACUCACUUGGAAUACAUCUGCCAGCUGUCCUCCACCUAUGAAUUUCACUGUAGUCCGUCGUAUGACUUCCGUAUGAUGUUGACGAUCUUCUCAGGUACACCAUAGUGUCGAUGAGGGUUCCAUAGGUUUUUCCUAUCCAUAUUGUCGAAUACUUUCUCAUAGUCAAGGAAGUUGAUGUAUAGUGAGGAGUUCCAUUCAGUUGAUUGUCCAACAGUGAUCUGUAGUGUCAUCUAACACAGUAGGUCAACAAAUGUUGAAAUGUUGGCACUUAAAGAAAAGAGCCAGCAUAACUUUCAUGAAAUAAUGAGACUUGUAGCGUAGGCUUGUUGUCUGUCUGACUAUCAGAUGGUAAGUCUACUUUCAAGUAUUUUACUCUAUAUCAUUUUAAAUUUAAAAAUUCAUUGGUUAGUUUUUCAUAAGUUGCUAGUGUUCCCUCGCAGAUGUUUUUGAAGUAUUGCUCACGUAUAGCUGGCCUUCAGCUACUCUACAACUACCCUCCAUUCCCAGACAAAGUGAAUGGAACAUUGAAGUAGGUCCCCCAACUCUUGCUGAAGUUGAGAAGGCUAUAGUUAAUCUGAAACGAGGAAGGGCAGCUGGUCCAGAUGGACUGGCUUUUUACUCGAACACUACUAGUCGAGUCAGGGCUUAUGGCGAACUGUCAUCUACCUUUACAACCUCAAGUGGUGUCCGUCAAGGCUGCCCACUUUCUCCAUUUUUGUUUAACUUCAUCAUAGACUGACUGACUGACUGAAUUACUUUUCAUCUAACUUAGUAAUCACGUGCAGGUGUGCGUGUUUAGCACUUUAAGUGUGUGUGAAUUACCUGGGAACAGAAACAGAGGUGGAUUAGGCUUCGAACCAGAAACCUUGUAGUUGUUUCUCGAGUCUUUUAACCAGUAGGGCAUCGCUGACACUAGUUAUUGAUUAUUUUGUGACUUAUCGGAUAUCCUGUUUGACAAGGUGGACUCCUUUCACCAAGUGAUCUUUUUGUUUUGUUUUAAAGGUUGCCCAUAUUCAGUGCUAACAGAAGGACCUAUUUCUGACCGCUUUUCUUCUGUUAAUAAUCGUAGUUUGCUUUUACAAUAUCUAUGUUCAGAGAUAAUGGCUGUUAGACAAUUAUCUAUAAUGAAGUCUGUUGGUAAACAAAGUAACGAACAUCAUUUCAUGGAUGUGGACAGUUCGGAGGAUAAUGUAGAAAUUCUAUCCUGUUUGCAGAAAGCGUUUAAAGCUCUUGGCUUAAAAGUGCCUCCUGAUGACUCAGCACCUACUGUUAUAUAUUCUUGUCUUCAAAAAGGUGUAAGUGAUUACAAACGGUGCAUAGCUUAUGCAGAUGUUCGUUUCGUUCAUGCUUUUUAUUUCGGAAGUGUUUUCUAAUAAAUCCUAAUAGUAUCGUACAUUUAAUAAUUUGUGUUUGGAUAAUUUGUGGCAAAAUCGAACUAUUUACUAUUUCAUAUGACCGGAUACUAGUUGCAUGAGUAGGAUGGUUGGAGACACUUGCAGAACACUACAGUCGUCAAAAGGAUGGAUAGGAAAGCAACUGGGAAAAACUGACAGGGAUCUCCCAGUACAGAGUUCAAUGGAGAAUGCUGGUGGGCGGCAUAUGCUCUUUUGUGAGGGUUAACAGGUGUAAGUAAGUAAGUACAGUCGUCUAACAUGUUUUCAUUCUUUUCUAGGUGCUUCAAGACAACAUCAGGGAAUAUUAGUGGUUUUUAUCUUUUUAACAAUAUGAUAAACUGUCUUUAUCAUCAUUACCGUGUGUCCUCGUCCUUUUGCCGUUACCAUUCAUUUUUAUCACAAUAUACUUACUUACGCCUGUUACUCCCUAUGGAGUAUAGGCCGCCGACCAGCAUUCUCCAACGCACUCUGUCCUGAGCCUUCUUUUCUAUUUCCAUCCAAUUCUUGUACAUUUUUCUCAUGUCUGUCUCCGUUUCUCGGUGUAAUUUGUUCUUUGGUCUUCCUCUCCUCCUUUGGCCUUAAGGAUUCCAUGUGAGGGCUUGUCUUGUGACGAAGUUGGGUGCUUUCCUCAAUGUGUGUCCUAUCGACUUCCAGCGCUUCUUCCUGAUUUCUUCCUCCGCUGGGAUCUGGUUUGUUCUCUCCCAUAAUAGAAUGUUGCUAAUAGUGUCAGGCCAACGGAUCUGAAGUAUUUUGCGUAGACAACUGUUAAUAAACACCUUUAUUUUCUGGAUGAUGGAUUUCGUAGUUCUCCAGGUUUCUGCCCAU